CUUUGACAAACCUGUCAGAAAAUGUCAGAAGAACGAAUGGGUGUAUUUAUGUUUUUAAUUUUAGUGUAAUUAAUUGUCUGUUUAUAUUUUAUUGAAGUAAUUUCACAUCUAGAAAGGAUUUAUUAAUUUAGUAAUGAUGCAUUUUUCAAUUCCUGAUGUACAAGAGAUAAACGAUGGAAAUGGGUCAACAUUCAUUGGCUACAAUAUCCAUAUUAAUGGAGUUUUUCAUUGCACGGUGAGAUAUAAGCAACUACAUAAUUUACAUGAACAGUUGAAAAAAGAAUUUGGCAGUGAUAAUUUGCCAAGUUUUCCACCAAAAAAAUUAUUACCCCUCACUAUCAAUCAGGUAGACGAAAGAAGAUCUCUUCUGGAAAAAUACAUUCAAAUGAUUGGACAAGACACAAAAAUACUCUCGUCAGAUCUGAUUAUUGGUUUCUUACUGUCUGCACAGCAAGAAACUUCAUGUGAAAAAAAUAUCGAAGUGAAUUUAGAUGUGUACACAUUGAAUAACUACAAAAUUUCUAUUAGAGUUUUAGUUUUUGACAGGACAGAUCAAGUUUUGGAUAAAGUUUGUAAAAGCAUCAACUUGCCAGUGGAAUAUGUGAAAUAUUUUUCCUUGUUUCUCAUCAAGGAAGAUAAUGGUGAUAUGUUUAUUUUAAGGAAACUUUUGAAUUUAGAAUCUCCCUAUAUGUCUCAUAGAAGUGUGAAGGAGAAUAAUAAGAUCUUCUUGAGGAAAAGCUAUUGGGAUUCCAAUUUUGACAAUGAACUCAUGAACGAUCCAAUAGCUCUGAAUCUUUUAUAUGUACAGACAGUGGCUGAAUUAGAGAAAGGUUGGAUAUUGUGUACUAAGGACACAAGAUUGCAUCUAACCAAAUUACAGGCCAAAUUAGCGAAAAGGGAUUAUAUCAAAUUUGCUGCUACUCUGAAAUAUUACGGAUAUACACAGUUUGCUCCCUGUUUCUGCGACUAUCCCAAUCCUAGAACCAAAGUUUUGAUAGCCAUAGGGGAUCAUGAAUUGAAUAUGAGGAUUAUUGAUUCCGGUCAACUUUUUAAAGAGGGCUGUUUUAAAGUGACUAGAAUGAGAUGUUGGAGGAUUACAGCUACUCAUAAUAAAAUAGAUAAUCCUGCAAAUAGUAGAGCCACCAGUACGACUUCUUUGGAGUUGGCAUUUGAAUAUUUAAUGUCGAAAGAUAAGUUACAAUGGGUGACAGUAACAAGUGAUCAAGCUAUUUUAAUGUCCUUAUGUCUGCAAUCUUUGGUUGAUGAGUUGUUGGUUAAAAAGAAUGGCUACGAUACCAAAACACAAACAGUCAAGAAAGGUCCCUGGUCCUAUAUGAAGAGAGAUGGAUCUAGUCACCUUAUAUCUCUAGACAAUUUAGAUUUAAGUACAGAUAUUAAAACGACAACAGAAGGUAACAGAAUCCAAGAUACUUUUUCAAUAAAAAAACUGCAAGAGAAAUUCUCUAUAGUUUCAUUCAAGUCUGGCAGAGGAAUUGUAGAGAAUCAUGCUUUUGAAGGUAUAGGGGAUGAAAAUUUAUAAGGUUGAGGAGGAAACCAGGCUCAAAACUAUUCGAAGGACUAAUAUGUGGUGCUACCGUCAUUUUACCAUUCUGAAACCUUUUCUUUGCCAGUUCAAUUUUUCAUAACUCACUCACACUUCUGAAUGAGCUACAAAAAUUGAUAUAAAUGGUCGAGUUCAACCCCACAUAUUCUUCAAUUGAAAGGUAGCAAAAAUAAUCUUGAAAACUACAAAAUUCACUAGAAAAAAAUUUACUAAGUGAAUUGAGACAACAUAAUAGAAGGCCACUUUCAACUUCCGGCUUUCUAAAAAAAAAUUAUCUCAAUUUCAAGUUGGAUAAAUUCUUUAGGAAUGCACUAACACUAUGGAUUCAUGAGGUUGACUCAGUGAUGUUGGACAUACAAUUAUAAGAGAAAAUAUUCCGUUCUGCUCUUUUUAUGGGGUACUUGAUGUAAUUGUAUUACAGCACAUAGAUCUAUGCUCAUAUGAAUUUAAAAAAAUCAUAUCAUAUAAAUGACAUAUUAUAUUUUACUGCCUCUAGAUUUUUACUGUAAACAUAUUCCAAACAAAGACUUAAUAUAAACUUUUUGAGGCUCAAGUUUACCAUAUUAGGCCAACCAAGUUGAAUAUUAACAUUUUUGGGUGAAAUAAUUAAAUAGUAUGGCGGCUUUUUGUUGGGGCAAAUUAUUUAGUUCAUCAAUAACCUUAAUUAUAAUAUGUAUGAAGCAAGUUGUGGUUGAAAUACUAAUUAUCGAGAAUAGAAGUUCUUAAAAACCUUCAAUAAAGAGGAAAGCAAAAUGGUGCAUUAUCGUAUAAUGGUGACUUCAAAAUUUUCGUUCUCAGAGUUUCAAGUUCCUAUAUAGUUAGAAACCUGGCCAUAACUCUUUCUUUCUUCUCUACAAAAUCUUAAAACAAUUAUUCAAUAUACGCUAAUCGUACUAAUACAUUUAUUGGGUGUAUAACAAUUGUGUUCAUCAUGCGAGGAAAAUGAUUCUUUUUGAAAUUUAACAGUAAUCAGUGUUCAAUAGUUAUUUUGAAGUUUUGCAAACAACAGAGCAUUUGUUAGGACUUGGGACCAGGCCUAAUAUUAUAAUAGUAGUGAUUAUUGUCUAAGUGAAAUUGGAUAUUUUUUCAAGAACUAAGGAAAAAGUGGAUUAAUCCCAUAACUGGUCUUCUGUAUGUACUCGAAAUGAUCAUUAUCAUCUUACGACUUUUGUCAGGACAAAUAUAAUAGAUGUAGAUGUUAUAUAUGUAUAUGUUACAGUAAUACAUUUUGGGAAAGUUGGUCAUUUGAAAGAUAAAUCGAGUGAUAUUUCGAACCGCUAGUCAGAUUUAGUUCUUCCCAACUUUCAAAAAAAAAUUAAGCCAAAGUUUAAAUUCGAAUAAUUCUCAUUUGAAGUGACAACAUUCCCGAAUAUUUUUAAUUGACGUUAUUGCUCAUUUUCAGUUAUUCAUUCGAAAUUUUAAUGAACGCAAAAAUUUUUAUCGAAAAAUGAAUUGAUAAUCGCUAAAUGCUCAAAUUUAAUAUGUAUACCUACUUUUAUUUCAGUACCUGAAACGUUUAUGCGAUUUUUAUAAUUUUACAGCUAUUAGUUGUAGAUAUCCCUUGUAUAUUUUUAUAUAGGUGACGAUGAGAAAAACAGGAAUAAAAUAUGAACUAUGGUGUAUUUUUCAUAUUAAAAUGGAAACUACGAUGCCGAUACGUCCAAAUUUUCUGUACUCUAUAAAUUCAAAACCUCCGAGAUGUAUUUUAUCAUAAUUGUUGUAUAUUAAUGUAAUGGUUUUAAAUAAAAAUGAUGAACAAUU